AUGCCACCUCUGCCAGGGUUCUCAGACAACCCCUUCCGCACCCGCGCCGACCUCGUGCGCGCUGCGACAGCUUUGAUACGACCGUUGAAGCAGUAUAAGUCCACCCAUAAGGCGCGGAUUAAGCUCGCGACCAACACGGCCGCGGGCUUCGAUGAGGUUGCGGCGCAGUUGGAAGGGUUCGCGAGACCGUUAUGGGUUGUCGCAGAUCUCUUGAAUGAUGUCGAAAGCGGCGGCGGUGGUGAGCUCUUCGCGGGCUUGGACUUGGAGUCUUGGGCUCGGGGGAUUUUGGCGGGGACGGAUCCGAAUUCUGAGGAGUAUUGGGGUGACGUGGACGAUAUCGACCAGCGGAUGGUGGAGAUGGAGUCUAUUGCCUUUGCGAUGCUCGCUGCGCCUGGGCCCCUCCUUUCUGCAUGUGACGAUGAGGAGAAGAAGGAGAGACUCAGGGUUUGGCUGAGGCAGAUUAAUGGGAAGAGAAUGCCGCAGAAUAAUUGGCUUUGGUUCCGGGUGUUUGUCAACCUGGCGUUGAUUUGA